AGCAACCAUUUUGUAAAGUAGUUCUAGACAGAGUUUAUAUACAACACCAAGAGUCUACAAAUCUUGUAACUAACCCAGCAGAGGUUUUGGAAGAAGUCCGGUCUUAUUUUCAAAACCAGUUUAUAAACAGAAGAGAGGAUAGUGCUAAAAUAGAAAAGUUAUG